CACUGCUUGUCAAUUAAAGUGUGACAGUCCAGGGAAAGAAGCAACAGGAGUUUCUCUGGUGUCUGUUGCGACUACCAUAGUUUGUUCUGUCAUGGACGGUUCAGGUAAAAUAGCAAUGAAAUACACUGAGGGAGUGAAGGAAGAUUUAAAACCAGGUGAUGCUCCCUCUGUUCGGGGCUCCGGUGAAGGCUGUGACUCUUGCCUGAAGAGCAUGGGGGACUUCAUCCCGCCGGACUACCGGAAUGAGCUCGUACAACUUUUCAAACUAGCGGGACCCGUGAUCAUUUCCCAGUUGAUGGUCUUCAUGAUCAGUUUCGUCAGCACUGUGUUCUGUGGUCACCUGGGAAAAACUGAACUUGCAGGAGUAUCAUUAUCAAUUGCGGUGGUUAAUGUCACUGGUAUUUCCAUUGGCACUGGUUUGUCGUUAACAUGUGAUACCCUCAUAUCUCAGACGUAUGGGAGCGGUAACUUGAAGCGUGUGGGUGUGAUUCUCCAGAGGGGGAUUCUGAUUCUGCUGCUGGCCUGUUUCCCCUGCUGGGCCAUCCUCAUCAACACUGAACCCCUCCUACUUGCUGUCAAACAGAGCCCAGAGGUUGCCAGUCUCUCCCAGCUGUAUGUGAAGAUCUUCAUGCCUGCUCUGCCAGCUGCUUUCAUGUACCAGCUUCAAGGGAGGUAUCUUCAAAAUCAGGGAAUUAUAUGGCCUCAGGUUAUAACUGGAGUGAUUGGAAAUGUCUUCAACGCAAUAAUCAACUACGUCUUCCUCUACCGUCUGGAUUUGGGCGUUGCUGGAUCUGCAGCAGCCAAUGCUAUCUCACAGUAUUUGCUGGCUGUGUUCUUAUACGUUUACAUCUGCUGUAGAGGUCUGCAUAAGGCCACAUGGGGAGGUUGGUCACUGGACUGUCUGCAAGAGUGGGGUCCGUUCAUCCAGCUGGCCAUCCCAAGUAUGCUUAUGCUUUGUCUGGAGUGGUGGAUGUUUGAGGUGGGAGGAUUCCUGGCGGGACUGAUUAGUGAGGCUGAGCUGGGAGCUCAGUCCAUAAUAUAUGAGCUGUCAGUUGUAGCUUACAUGUCACCACUUGGGUUUGCUGCUGCUGCCAGUGUGCGGGUUGGAAAUGCUCUUGGUGCAGGAAACAUAGAGCAGGCCAAGCUAUCCUCCAAAGUCCCUAUCAUUUGUGCAUUCAUAAUUGCAGGUUUUGUUGGAGCCAUUCUCAGCAUUGCCAGAAAUGUUGUUGGAUACAUUUUCACAUCAGAGCAAGACAUUUUGCAGAGGGUUGCUGAUGUCAUGAUCAUAUUUUCUUUCAUGCAUCUUGCUGAUGCCGUUGCGGGUGUGACUGGAGGAGUUCUCAGAGGAGCAGGAAAACAGUUGAUUGGUGCUCUGUGUAAUCUUGUGGGAUACUACUUCAUUGGCUUUCCUAUUGGUGUGUCCCUGAUGUUUGCAGCAAAAAUGGGCAUUAUAGGACUAUGGACAGGACUUACCAUUUGUGUGUUAAUGCAAUCCAUUUUCUUCGUCACAUUUAUGUACAAACUCGAUUGGAAGAAGGCUGCUGAAGAGGCUCUUGUGAGAGCAGGAGUCCAGAUCAAAGAAGAAAAAGAGGUGGUUGCUGUGGAAAAUAUAGACUCGAAUCAUAACCGGGCUCAGGUCAAUAUUACUGCAUCGAGUUGUGAGGCUGCUGAGGAGGAUUACACGUGCCAGGAAAUGCAAAUUCCAGGCCAGAAUAUAUCCACUACCACCACGGUAGGAGAUGUCCUGUCAAUAACACAGCUGGUUUUACGACGUGGCCUCUCAUUGCUGCUCAUGAUCGGCAUCCUCGUCGCUGGAGUCGUGGCCAGCAACGUCCUCGUUAGGCUGCUGAAAUGAGUCUUCUGAUGAUGUAAAGUUGGCAGCCAGAAUGAUGGUUGUCAGGAGUGAUAGCAUAGGUCCAUUAAACAGCACUUAUAUUAACAAUAACAAAAUAUAUGUUAACCCUGCAUCACCAUGUAGUUUGAAAGGGUUACUUGUGCUGUUGAUCCCACUGAGGAUCAACACCUGAGUCUGUAGCUUUGUGCAGCCUUUAGUCAACAAACUUCUCAUAUAUAAGAUGAUAGCCACACUUGGCAGAGAGAUUAAAAAAAGACAUACGUUUGGAAUAGCUAGAAAGCCAAAAGUGACUGACAAUGAGUAUUGUACUUAUUCAACAAAUGCAACAAAAAGGGCUUUAAUUGCAUGUACAUGUUCUGUGUCUAUAAAAUGUUUGAGUAACACCAUGCAGGUGCUUGCCUACAUCAUAGCAAUACCAAAUUUGAUUUGAUUGAUGUAGUACAUAAUGUUUUGGAGUCAACUUGUGACCCCUAGAGGGGGGAAAUGUUACUUUAUGAAAAAUUUGCUCAGGCAUGCAAGGUUUGCCUGAAUGUUCAAAUAUUAUGUCUGAAUCACCAUAACAAGCACUAAGAGUAUGGUGCUGUACCUGUUAAUGAAAACAUUGUAAUGUUUACACUCUAUGUCUAGAGUUCAAGUGAAUUUAAAGUGCAGACAUUUAAAGGUGGGGUAAGUGAUUCUGGAGAAACCAUGACAAAUACCAUGAUAUAACAACACAGCAUGUAAUAUAACUAAUGUUAACUAAGGUGUGGGUUAGCAAACUGUCGAUGCAGUUGCUGCUGCAAAGCUAACAUGCAGCGAGGAUGAGACUGUUUCCCGUAGCCAGCUCACCAGCUCCAGACAACUCUCCUGCUACUAUAGCGAACAUCACAAUAACAGCAUAUCUUGGCAAACUGGAAUAUUUAACGUAACCUGGCACCCAAAUUAUAGCUAGAAUAGUGUUGUGUGGCCAAGACAUUUCCUUUGUUUCCCAUUUACAUAGCUGGGCUGUGUACAAACACCGGAUUUAUUUUUCUUCACACACACAGAACUGAUAGCUAAAUGGACUGUGUGAUGUUUGCUGAAUCUGACAAAAAGAUGUGUAUUGGAUUAGAAUCGCUAACCCACCUUUAAAUGUAAGUGUAUUUUUAUAGGUAUUAGUAUUGGUAAAUUGGGACAUCACAUGCUACACAGACAGCUGACAGUCUUUAUAACAGUUGAACUAAGUUCUUAUUUAAUCAUCAAAGGCUUGUUGCAAGAACAAAACAUAACUCUGAUAUUAUUUAUUAUUCAGGUACCUUUUGAGAUGUAUCUUGGUCAAAUGUUGUGGAUGUUGUUGAAGUACACUGUAUACAUGUAGAUGUUCUUGAAUCAGUCUGUAUUAAAGAUUGCACAUGAGCUGCAUUUAGUGUUCAUUAAUGUGAUAAGAAAUACAGCCACCACUCAUUUUUUUAUGCGUUUUUCAGAACUGGUGACAUAAUAAAUGAGGAGUGUUAUUUCUGCCAAAUAUGUACCAAUAACAUCAAUCAAAGCAAGAAAGAAUAUUAUCAAAGACAUUAUGUAAGCAAUUCAUUGAGAGUAUUUUCUAUAAUGAGUAGUAUGAUCACUGUGCUCUCUCAUUAGAAAUAAAUAGUUUAAUACUGUUCUGUA